UUGUGCCACUUGUGCCGCUUCUUGGCAUGGGUUUAACGACUUAUAAAAAUUAUAUAAUACACAUUUAUAUUAAAGGUAAGGUACUUUACAAUCAGAAUUUAUCGGCAAACAGCUGCAGUUACUUAUGUGGUCAGUAAACCACAAAAGAAAAGUAUUCAAAAGUAUUUUAGUUUGUAUUAAAGAAAGAAAAUGGGGAACAUAAAAGCCAAGAUUGACGAAUAUGAAACUCCAUGGAGAAACACCAGUUGGGGGAAGCAAAAGAAGGACUCCUUAAAACAAACCAUAAAAGAGAUCAAACCAUACAAAAAUGAUCUGAAAUACUUAAGGAUCUUAGUUGUAGGCCCAAAUGGUUCAGGGAAAUCAAGUUUCAUAAACUCUAUUAAUAAUGCCUUCAAAGGACGGAUAACCAGCGAUGCACUGAGUAAUACAAUUUCUAGUAAAAGUUUUACAGUUGUGUACAAACAAUAUGAAAUUGAAACAGGAAAUCCCAGUUUGACUCUAGUCAUCAAUGAUGUCAUGGGUCUGGAAGGAGGAUUUAAGCAUGGAUGCCCUCUGGAGGACAUCAUCAAAGCAGUUCAUGGUCAUGUCAAAGAAGGACAUGAGUUUAUACCAGAAAAACCACUGUCUUCAGAUGAUCCAGACUACAUUAAGACACCAGAACCCUCUGAUCAGGCAUUCUGCCUAGUGAAUGUUUUAGCUGCUGACAGAAUCCAGCUCACAGAUGACAGUGUUCUGGGAAAGCUGAGAGAUCUACGUCAUGAUGUCAAAAGGCUUGGGUUGCCCCAGGUCAUUGUCAUGACAAAUGUGGAUCAAACAUGUCCGGUGGUGAAAGCUAAUUUACAGAAGGUCUACUACAGCAAAAAAAUCAAAGAGAAGAUGCAAUGGUGCAGUAAUGAACUGGGUGUCCCAAUGUGUCAUGUCUUUCCAGUGAAGAACUACCAUGAGGAAAUCGAAACCAAUGAUGACAUGGAUGUCCUGAUUUUACAGGCAGUGACUCAGAUUAUACAGCUGGCGAAUGACAAUGCAAAGAUUCGUUUGACUAAGUGAUAAUUCACAGAAGAUUUGUGCCUAAUUUUCAACAGAAUAUUGUUUGGGAUGAUGAUUAUUAAUAUGAACAUGGAGACUAAAUAUUUUGAAAUAGCAAUCAGUUUAAAAUAUCCAAUAACAUUUAGCUUAUAAUCAGUAAAACUAAGUUGAUUAAUUUCAUACAGUAGAUGAUUCUAUGUAUAAAUCUAUAUAUAAUUUGAAAUAAUCAUGUAAGGUGUUCCUGGAUGCCUCCCAACAGUACAGUUUGGAAGUCUCCCUUAUUAAACACAUCUAUUUAAGCUCUUCUACUGAUGUUGAAUCAGAUGUAUUUGAUUACAGAGACGUGUGCAACGUGUAUUGAUAAAUGAAUGAAUUUUGUUUAUAAAUCAAUAAUAAAAUGGGGCGGUUCUAGAGUCAGUGGAUAACCGGGGCUUAGCCCAGAGACAUACAUGAGAUACACUUUAAAUAAAAUGUUU